AUGACAGCACUCCGUCUUGAUGCACAUGCUUCCGUGGAUGGAAGGUUGGAGCAGGCUGAACUCUACAGCUGGCUCACCACCACCACCUUUGCACCUUCCAAGCAAGCCGCUCUGGACUUUAUUGUCAAGUUCAAUCGGAACUUCAAGAGGUACAAUGACGCCGUCAAGGCCAAGACUGAGCGCAUCACUGAGGAAACCAAGAAGACACUACUCCAGCGUGCUCUCUCCGAUGUGCCAUUGCUCCAUGCAGUCACCUCCCGUGAGAUUGAGCGCAUGACCUUGGAGCACAAGCCCGGUUACAACUUCGAGGAGUACUACGAAGUUAUCAAGGUGACUGCCGCUAGCUACGACAGGAACAGGGCAACGUCACGCCGUCGGUCUGUCAAUUGGCAUGACAUUGAUGGUGACAACUGUGAUGGUCCAGACAUUGAGGCCCCAGCUGAUGGAGACAUUGAUGCAUUCAAUGUCAAUAUGGACCCAACCACCCGGUUGCCCGAUGAGUUCUUCCGCCAACUCCCACGUGAAGACAAGCUCACCUUUCUGAAAUGGUAG